GAGUAAAGAAGGACAUAGGAGAAAAAAAACAAAAGGAGGAAAAAAGAUCCAAGAAGAAAAAAAAUAACAUACUCAAACAAACCAACCCCGCGCCGAAAGAGCCGGCACCAUGAGGUCCAAAGGCAGGGCUCGGAAGCUGGCCACGGCAGAUAGCGGAGACUUCUCCCUUCUUCCCUCCGACGUUCUGGACAACAUGGGUGUAGUUGACGGAGACUCCACUCUCAUCACGCCCGUCGCCGGGGACAACCUUCCCUCCCCCGUCCUAUCGGGUGAGGUGGGUUCCCCUCUUGACCACUCCCCCUUCCAGGCCUCCAUGUUCCUCUCCGAGGGGGAGGGGGAGGCCGCGGGAGCGAUGCCCGAGGUGGAGCUGCGUGAGUCGGGCGCGUGGCCGGAGACGCUGGGCGUGUGGAGCUGCAGGAGGAUGGAGGUCGGCGAGAGGCUGGGACCGUGCGGAGAGGACAUGAUUGGGCUUGCGCAAGCACACGACUGGGAGCUGGAUGGGGAAGCUCAGGUGAGGCUUUGGGAGAACCGUGGAGGAGACAGCAGGAGUUGGCUCAGGCACAUCCAGAUCUCCCCAUCGCCCCGGCAACACAACCUGACAACCUGCCAGCUUCAUGAUCAGAUAUUUUAUCGAGUGACUAGAGAGAUCCAACCCGGUGAGGAGCUGCUGUUGUUCAUGAAGGCAGAGGAGUUUCCAUAUGAGGCCAUGGCUCCUGAUAUCCACGAGGAGAGGCAGUAUCGCUGCGAGGACUGCGACCAGCACUUUGAGUCGCGCUCGGAGCUGCUGGACCACCAGAUGCAGCCUUGCGGCACGCCACCGUCCGGCCUGACGCUGUCGCUGGGGGAGCAGGGCCUGGGCAGCAGCGCAGGAGAGGGCAGCGAUCCCGAACCCCCUCUCCACCAUCUCCACCACCGCACACACACUCUGCACGAGCAGGACGACUCACCGCACGAGUGCAGGGAGUGCGACCAGGUGUUCCCCGACAUUCAAAGUCUGGAGGCUCAUUCCCUAUCCCACUCUGAGGAGAGAGAGUAUAAGUGCGACCAAUGCCCCAAGGCCUUCAACUGGAAAUCCAACCUGAUUCGCCACCAGAUGUCCCACGACAACGGCAAGCACUACGAAUGUGAAAACUGCUCAAAGCAGGUGUUCACGGACCCCAGCAACCUGCAGAGCGUUAAGCCCGCGUCGUCGGGCCUGAAGCAGCACAAGCACAUCCACAGCAGCGUCAAGCCCUUUUCAUGCGAAGUGUGCCACAAGUCCUACACACAGUUCUCCAACCUGUGCCGACACAAGCGCAUGCACGCCGACUGCCGCACACAGAUCAAGUGCAAGGACUGCGGCCAGCUCUUCAGCACCACGUCCUCGCUCAACAAGCACCGGCGGUCUACAGGGUAUAGCCCCACUUCCUCCGCUUGGCCUCGGGGCCUGUUUGGCCUUGUUGGUCAAGCUGCUGGGUCCACCGGCCGGGCGCCGAUUGGCCGACAUUUCCCGGGCGGCGCACCCACCACCACCACCUGGCGGGGGCUGACGCUCCCAGCGGCGCUGCUGUUCCGCUCGGGUUCCUCGCUGUUCACGUCCGGGCUGUACCCGCCGCACCCCAGCAGCGGCGCUCCGCACCACCAGCCCCUGCCGCACCGACCGCCGGGCCUGGUCAGCCCCCCAGCGUCGGCCUCCUCGCCCGGGAAAGAGCGCCCCAUGCUGUCCCCGACCGCGUCGGCGUCGGCGCUGCAGCAACAGCAGCAGCUGCGCUCGCAAGGCGGCGACUCGGGCACCAAGCGCAAGGACGAGGGCCGCGCCGGAGAGGACGGGUCAGCGGGACUCCGCGAGAGGGGCUCGUCCUCCUCCUCCUCGUCCAAUCAGAGGCGCGCCAACGGCAAGGGCAGUGACCAAUCAGAGACGAGCGACGACGUGGACGACGUGAGCACGCCCAGCGGCAGCGAGCUGGAGACGAGCUCGAGGCCGAGCCGACACGGUCGGCGCCUCCGGGCGGUCAAACUCAUCGACGACAUAUCGCGGCCCAUCGCCGAAGUGCCGGCGCUCGCCGGAUUGGCGGGCUCGAGGUGGUGCGCAGCGAAGGGUUUCACCGUUGCGAAGGACAGGAAGCUGGGCGGGUCAGGGGGCGGCUCGCUGGGCUACCCCUCCGUCUUCCCGCUCUCGCUGUUCCCGGCGUUCUCUGCCGCCGCGUCCGUGUGCCCACCGUUCGGCACCGAGCGCGAGGCUCAGGCCAUCCCGGCCAGCCCGGGCCUGACCCCGACCACGGAGUCGCCCUUUGACCUCAGCACGGCCAGGCGCAAAGAGGAGCGGCCCGCCAACUCCGAGGCCACCCACUCUAGGCCUGAGACACGCCCACAGCCAGCUGCCGCGGCCAAUCCGGACCAGCCACUGGACCUGAGCCUGGGCGGCCGCAGUCGCACGCGGCCCAAGGGCGAGGAGCCGAAGAGGAGCGGUCAUAUGUACGGAGGAGAGGAGCGGUCAGAGAUGGCCGCGCCCAAAGCAGACUCAUCCCUCCAACACGCCAGACCCACCCCUUUCUUCAUGGACCCCAUUUACAGCAGGGUUGAGAAGAGGAAGGUGAACGAUCCGUUUGAGACGCUGAAGGACAAGUAUAUGCGCCCGGCCCCAGGAUUCCUGUUUCACCCCCAGUUCCGCAUGCCGGACCAGAGAACAUGGAUGUCGGCUAUUGAGAAUAUGGCAGAGAAGCUAGAGUCGUUUGGCUCUCUGAAGCCGGACGCUGGGGACAUCAUGCGCUCGGUGCCCUCCAUGUUCGACUUCCGUGCCCCUCCUGCCACGCUGCCCGAGUCUCUGCUGCGCAAAGGCAAGGAGCGCUACACCUGCAGGUACUGUGGUAAAAUCUUCCCCCGGUCAGCCAACCUAACCCGUCACCUGAGGACACAUACUGGAGAACAGCCUUACAGGUGUAAGUACUGUGAUAAGCUCGUUUCAGCAUCGUCAACCUGCCUGCAUCCACAUAAAGACAUCUACAACAAGGAGAAGCCCCUUAGAAUUGCCACCUGUGUGACAGCUGUGACCUUGAACAAACCUGACCGCACCUCAAGAAGCACGAGAACGGCAACCUGUCAGCCACCCUCGGUUCGAUUGGAUAGUAGCAGUGCCAUCCUUGAGGACAAGGAGGACUCCUACUUCAACGAGAUCCGCAACUUCAUCAGCAACUCUGGCCAGAGACAGACCUCCCCACCACACUCCGAGGAAGGGAUAAACGGUGGCCAUUUUGAAGAGGACAAAGGCCCGACCCCCAGCCGAGAGUCACGUGACCUGGAGGAAGUGGAGGAGCCUGGAGCUGAGGAGGAGGCCGGGGAACAGAGCGAGGUCACGGGCAAGCCUGCAGACGACGCGCUCCCUAGCAACCUGGAAGAUGACAACGAUGCCACCAUGCGAGAUGAGAUGGAUUUUGAGGGGACCAACGAUCUGGAGCUCAACUGCAAAACUUCCCCAAGGAGGUUUGAGGACGAGGAGGAGGAGGAGGAAGAGCAGGGCUCAUUCUCCGCUCUGGAUCACAUCCGCCACUUCUCCGACAUGCGCAAGAUGGACGACAGAGAGUUCGGUGAUGGUGAUGUCACCGGGUUCGGCUCCAGCCGCCUCUCAGAAGCUGUCAAGCAGCCGCUUUAUAGGAAGUCCAAGUCCCAGGCCUAUGCCAUGAUGCUGUCUCUGGCUGAUAAGGACCCACUGCACGCCGGUGCCCACGGCCCCUCUGCCAUGUGGCACAGCCUGGCACGCGCUGCCGCCGAGUCCAGUGCCAUCCAGUCACUGAGCCACGUAUGAGGCGCCCGCCACGCUCCCUCGCUCCGUCACGACGAUGACCUCUGACCUGCCGUCUCUCACCUCUCCUCUUCCAGCCUGACGUCCUGCACCCAUCCCCGACCCUUGACCCCCCCCAGUACUCCUACCUGAGGCCCAGCCCAGUA